GCUCCCAAGUUAUCCACAUACCAUAUCCUUUUAAACCUCUGCAAAAACAAAAUCUGAGGAACAAUUUCUAGUUAUUUGUUUCUUUUGUUAGUAAAUUUUCCUUAGAAGGGAAAAAAUUAUGGAUGAUGAGCGUGUUCGAGUCCUUCUGGUAACCUUUCCGGCGCAGGGGCAUAUCAACCCCUCUCUCCAGUUUGCCAGGUGCCUCACGAGAAUGGGUGUCGACGUCACUCUUUUGACGGCGCUUUCCGCCAUCAACCGCAUAACAAAAACCACCACCAGUAGUACUCCACAAGGCGUAACCUAUCUUGGCUUCUCCGAUGGCUAUGAUGACGGCUUGAAAGUCGACACUGAUUUCGAGGUCUACAUGGCUGACCUAAGGAGACGUGGUUCGGAGGCAGUAGCCAAACUCGUCACUUUUAGUGGUGAAAAUGGAAAACCCUUUGUGCAUGUGGUGUACACCAUCCUUCUUUCUUGGGUAAGCCAAGUUACACGCGCCCUAAACGUGCCAUCCACUUUCCUUUGGAUUCAACCAGCAGCCAUCUUGGAUAUUUAUUACUAUUCCUUCUAUGGUUAUGGAGAUGUCAUUAGGAACAAUGUCAAUGACCCCUCAUGGUCAGUAGAAUUACCCGGAUUGCCACGGCUCACUGGCCGUGACCUUCCCUCUUUUUUAUGUGCUCCAAACCUGUAUAAAUUUGCACUUUCGCUGUUUAAAGAGCAUAUAGAUACCCUGGGUGAAGAAACAAAUCCAAAAGUGCUCGUAAACUCUUUCGAUGCAUUGGAAUCUGAGGCACUACGGGCUAUUAAGAAGUUAAAUUUUGUCGCUAUUGGACCAUUAAUUCCGUCAGCUUUCUUAGACAGGAAGGAUCCAUCUGACAAUUCUUUUGGAGGAGACCUGCUUCAAAAAUCAAACAACUAUAUCGAAUGGUUGGAUUCAAAGCCAAGAGGAUCUGUUAUUUAUGUGGCAUUUGGAAGCAUCUCUGAAUUAGCGAAGCAACAAACAGAGGAGGUCGCACGUGGUUUGCUUGAUUGCGAAAGGCCAUUUUUGUGGGUGAUGAGAGGAAAGGGAAAUGAUGAAAAAGAAGAAGAUAAGGUGGGUUACAAAGAGGAAUUGGAGCGACAAGGUAUGAUAGUGUCGUGGUGUUCUCAAGUGGAGGUUUUGUCACAUUCAUCCGUGGGUUGUUUUGUGAGUCACUGUGGGUGGAAUUCUUCGUUGGAGAGCUUAGUUUCUGAGGUUCCGAUGGUGGCUUUUCUACAAUGGUCAGACCAAGCAAUGAAUGCAAAGCUUAUUGAAGAUGUUUGGAAGACGGGGGUUAGAUUGAUAAAAAAUGGAGAAGGAAUUGUUGAGGCUGGUGAGGUUAAGAGGUGCAUUGAAAUGGUGAUGGGAGGGGGAGACAGAGGGGAGGAAAUGAGAAACAAUGCUAAUAAGUGGAAGGAUUUGGCAAGGGAAGCUACUCUGGAAGGUGGAUCGUCGGACAAGAAUCUCAAUGCUCUUGUUGAUGAGGUUAGAGCUCAUUAGAGCUUAUUUUAGUCUACUCGAACCUCAAUUUCCAGCC